UCCAUUCCUAACUCACGCAACCAAACGAACAGCAACAUGUCGGAUCAAACCGCUUUUGACACAGAUGUGUGGACUCUCACACGAUUUGUCAUGGAGAUGGGGAGACAAGCUAAGGGUGCAACUGGAGAACUCACCCAGCUUAUAAACUCCAUGCUAACAGCUAUCAAGGCUAUUUCAUCUGCUGUGAGAAAAGCUGGACUCGCUCACCUUCAAGGCAUUGCUGGGCACAUUAAUGUCACUGGAGAUGAGGUCAAAAAGAUGGAUGUGCUGUCCAAUGAUCUUGUCAUCAACAUGCUGCAGGCCUCCUAUGGCACCUGUGUACUCGUCUCUGAGGAGAACAAAGAAGUCAUUAUCACCCCAAAAGAGAAACGAGGUAAAUAUGUGGUGUGUUUUGAUCCAUUGGAUGGGUCCUCCAACAUCGAUUGCUUGGCUCCUAUAGGCACUAUAUUUGCCAUCUACAAAAAGGUUGCAGAAGAUGAGCCAACAGAAAAGGAUGCUUUGCAGCCAGGCAAUCAAAUAGUGUGUGCGGGUUACGCACUGUAUGGCAGUGCCACAGUAGUAGCUCUCAGUACUGGAGAUGGACUCAAUUUAUUCAUGUUAGAUCCAGCUAUAGGUGAAUUCAUCCUGACCGAAAGAAAUGUGAAGAUCAAGAAAAAGGGAAAGAUCUACAGCUUAAAUGAAGGCUAUGCCAUGUACUUUGAUCCUGCAGUGACCGAGUACAUAAAACACAAGAAAUUUCCUGAGGAUGGCAGUGCUCCGUAUGGUGCCAGAUACGUGGGCUCCAUGGUCUCAGAUGUUCAUCGUACAAUUGCUUAUGGUGGGAUCUUCUUGUACCCGGCCAAUGAGAAGAGCCCAAAAGGAAAGUUACGGCUGCUGUACGAGUGUAACCCCAUUGCCUUCCUAGUGGAGCAAGCUGGAGGAAUUGCCACCACAGGGACACAACGAAUCCUAGACGUGAAGCCUGAGGCUGUGCAUCAGAGGGUUCCUUUCGUAGUGGGGUCACCGGAUGAUGUGCAGGAAUACCUGUCGUUUGUCAAAAAAUAUCAGAAAUAGUUUCUCCUGUACAAAUACGAUCUUUUCAUUGCUGCCCAAUCAGCAGUUUAGCCUUAAUUCAACCCAAGAAACAUUACACAUCUUAAUUUGAGGUCUGAAAAGCACCAGGCUCUUUAAUAUUCUAGCAAAUAGGAGUUUUAAUGUAAUUUCUAGUAUUAGUAUUUUUUUUAACCCUAACCUACAGUACAUUUGGUAACAAUCAUUUCCUUUUACUUUUCAGUAUACAGCCUCAGGCAGUUUUUCCCUCCCUUUGGUUUGUUAGAAUGUAGAUUCUUUCCAUUAAGUUGCUCGACAACUCGUUUAGCUGCUCAUUAACCCUCUGGCACUGUUCAGUCUACAUAUGUGGCAUUUGUGAGACACGCUUAUCAACUCCGAUUUACAUUCACGCAAUUGGUUGAGGGUUAAGGGUCUUGUUCAAGAAACCAGCAUUGGCAGCUUCACAGGGCUGGGAUUUGAACUCUGUAUACUGUGGGUUAAAAUAAAUCG